CAUGUGACAGGAAGUUCAAGUCAGAAGUCCAAUGGUUAAAAGAUCGUGCGACACAAAUCUGAAAUGAUCUGGUCUGGUGUUAUUUCGUUGUAAAUUAACUUUGUUUUCCAAGAAAACGAACCACGUCAUAGUAUUUUGUCUUUUAUUUCCCUUCUCAGAUGUGUGCUUUAUUUCAAGGCGACACACAGUUAUGUCAGGCUAGUUUUAGCUAGUUAGUUAGCCGAAGAGUGUGGACUACAACCUUGCCCUUUCAGAGACACCUUGGCUUUGGAGUUGCCUGCUAUCUCUAUCUGCCUCGUGUGCGAGUGACAAGACUGUCAGUCUCAGUGGCAAUCCGCAGACAAAGACAAGCAUCAUAAUCAUGGAAACGACGAAAGAGUGAUCAAUGGAAAGCAACACUUUUCUCUGGCGACACCUCCCUGAGAGCUGUCCUGUUGUUUACCCUCAUUUUGAGAAGAGGAGGCAUCCCUGAACCAACAGGAUGUUGGAAGGCCUUGUUGCGUGGGUGCUUAACACUUAUUUGGGAAAAUAUGUCAGCAACUUGAACACAGAUCAGCUCUCCAUAGCACUGCUCAAAGGUGCAGUUGAAUUAGAGAACCUACCACUGAGGAAAGAUGCCCUUAAAGAGUUUGACUUGCCCUUUGAGGUCAAAACAGGCUUCAUUGGAAAAAUCACGCUCCAGAUCCCGUUCUACCGACCUCACAGUGACCCAUGGGUCAUCUCCAUGUCCCAGCUUAACCUUAUCAUUGGUCCAGCUAUUUCCCAGGAGUACGAUGAUAAGAAGGAAAAAGAGGAGCAGAGGGAGCGCAAGAAAAAAUUCCUUAAGACUCUGGAAGACAAAUUCAAAAGUGAAUGUGAACAGAAAGGCGAGUCCUACUGGUACACUGUUACUGCAUCAGUGGUAACAAGGAUAGUGGAAAACAUUGAGCUCAACAUUCAAGAUGUGCACUUGAGAUUUGAGGAUGACACCUGCAAUCCUGAGAAGCCUUUCUCCUUUGGCGUAUGCGUCAACAAUAUUUCUGCUCAGAAUCCUUCCAAAGAUACAGCCUCGAAUCCCUUUAGAGAGAAGCAGCUAGAAAUUGAAGAUUUCAGAAUCUACUGGGAUACAGAAUGUGAAAUGCUAGCUAAACUGCCUGUUAAUCAAAUCCAGGAAGCAAUGACCCAAUGUAUGAAGACUUGGGAGCACCAAUACAUCUUCGAACCAGUGUCUGCCUCCGUAUUGCUAAAAAGAAAUGCUUCCAAGGAGCCUCUGAGAUUCCGACACACUCCACGGAUUCAAGGCCAUGUUCAGCUAGAAACAAUGUCCUUACGCUUAUCUCAGGUCCAAUACCAACAAGUUAUGGCGUUCCUCAAGGAACUAUACCGCCGGGAAAGGGAAAUGCUUUAUCGAAAAUGGAGACCAAACUGCACCGUCUCUGGAAACUGCAGACAAUGGUGGUUGUUUGCCAUUGAGGCAAAUCUUAGUGAGAUCAGGGAACAGCGGCAUCGAGGAAGUUGGAGCUUUGCCCUUCAGAGGGCCCGAGAUGUCCAGACGUACACCAGCCUGUACUUCCGAAAACUCAAAGGAGUCCCACUAAGCCCCCAAGAAGAGAGAGAGAUUGAGCGAGUAGAGGACGAGCAAACUUUAGAAGAGCUACAGAGCCUCCGAGAAAUCGUCCAUGACUGGUUUCGAAAGCAAGAAGAGAUUGUUGAGAAUGUCCGGGAGACCAGUAGUGAGCCCCAGCCUUGUUCGCCCACUACAUCCAUCCCUAAGAGUGGAAGCUCUGGUAUGAUCCAGUACCUACAGUCUUGGUUUCCAGGCUGGGGCGGCUGGUAUGGCGAUUCUAUGGACCCAGACAAAAACCCUGACGGGCUUCUCCCAAGCCCUUCCUCCUGGGAUAUUUUGGCAGAAACAGAUGACUUUUUUGACCCACUAGAGGACUCCCACACUCUCAACACAUUUACCAGGCGGGAUUACUUGUUUGCUCGCCUGGAGUUCUUACUGGAGAAAGGUGGAGUUACUCUCUUUCAUCAGGACACUAAAGACAAGAUAACACAUGAGAGUGGCGUCAUCCAGCUAGAGGUUUCAGAGGUGAAGGUGGUUGUGGAGUCUUUGCCUCGAUCAGAGUCUUCUUUACUAUCUGUAAAGCUGGGUGGUUUGUUUCUCAGAGACUUAACCACACAUGGGACCAUCUUCCCUGUACUGGUGUCUCCAAAAACUGACAAGGUUGUCAUUGCUGUUAAUCAGACGACGCCUGGGCAGCCCAGCAGAAAUCCAGGGAUUUCAAGUGCGGAGAGUGUUUCAUCGCCAGUGUUUGAAAUGAUUUACGAGCGUAACCCUUUGAGGUCUAAAUUUGAAAGAAGACUGGAAGUUAAUACUAGCCCACUGAACAUCAUCUACAACCCACAAGCAAUCAAAAAAGUCACUGAAUUCUUUUAUAAAGGACGUGUCCAUUCCUCGGGUUUUGGUUAUCAGUCCGAGUUAGAACUGAAAGUCGCAGAGGCUGCCAGGAGGCAGUACGACAAAUUAAAAAGGCAGACAAAGGCAGAAAUCCGACAAACCAUCGAUCAGCUUCUUGUGGGAGAAUUUAUUGAAAACAGUAAGCGGUGGACUAUGAAACUGGACAUCUGCGCACCACAAGUCAUUUUCCCUGAUGAUUUCCAGUCAGGGGAUCCAAUGUUAGUUAUUGUUGAUUUAGGACGGAUUUUGCUCACCAACUUUCAAGAUGACUCUAAAGACUGCAAAACAACUCAACCUGAAAGGGAAGACCUGAGUGAUGAGGAAUACCAGACACCCCUAGCCACUCCUCCUGAGUCUCCGCCUGAGCUUGACAUACCCUUAAAAGACUGGCUAAAAUGUCCUGAGCUACCUAGCCUCAGAUCACCUGAAAAUACACAGGCCUAUAGUAGAAAACUUUACGAAAGAUACUCCUUGUCCUUCAAGGAUCUGCAGAUAAUGGUCGGUCGCUACAAAGACAACUGGAAAAACCUUCAGGAGAGUGACGUUGGGCCAACUCACGUGGUGGAGAAAUUUAACGUAUUGUUGCAACUGGAGCAGAGAUUGCGCUACACUUCAGAUCCUCAGCUGCCAGGUGCUGUGUUGUCAGGAACCCUACCUGAUCUGAAAGUCCAUAUCAACCUUGAAAAGAUGACAGCUUUGAGAAGUUGUCUGGCUAGGCUAAGCAGUCCAGCUGGGAAUGAGGACAAAGGCCAAGAGAAGGGGUCAAAGUCUCCCGAUCCGCUAACUCUGCGUCAUGAGAAAAUCUUUCAACGAGAGGACAGUUCCUGGAAGAUUCAAGGUUCAGCCAAGAACUUGACACAAAGCGUGAUGACAUUAGAGCAGCACACAAGGGAAGUCCUCGUGGAGUCGCGUCUACUUUUGGCUGAAUUUAAGAUAAACUAUAUGCAGCUUGGUGUGGAGAGCGAUGGACGCUACAUAUCUGUUCUCAAGGUAUUUGGCACAAAUGCCCAUUUUGUCAAGCGACCUUAUGAUGCAGAGGUCUCUCUUACGGUCCACGGUCUCCUUCUGGUGGACACCCUACAAACGUAUGGUUCAGACUUUGACCUUUUGGUUUCAUCUCAUAAGAAUCUCAGUUUUGACAUUCCCACUGGCAGUCUUCAUGAGAGCCAGCCAUCUUCCCCAAUGUCAUAUGAGAGCAGAUCUUCCGAGCAACCGAUCCAUCCCACUGAGUCAACUUCAGGAUUACGGCCAGAUAGAAUCUCAGCUCUCAGUUCCUUUCUCAAGGAUCAAGAAGCCCUAAUUAAACUUGAGUACCAGUUUGUGAGCUCAGAUUGUCCUUCCAUGAACCUGGACAGCUCUCUUCAAGUGAUAAGCAUGCAGGUCAAUAACUUGGACAUUAUUUUAAACCCCGAGACCAUGGUGGAACUUCUUAAGUUCCUUCAAAAGUCUUUCCCCAAGGAAGAAAGCACUUGGUCAUCAUCAUUGCAACCACAGUCUGUACAGCCCUGCACUGAAGAAGAAGAAGAUGGAACUUUUCAGUCAACAUAUGAUCACAACAAGGAGUUAACCGUCGAGAUUCAUAGACUUAAUCUUCUUCUCCUUAGAACUGUGUCCACGGGCACAGUUUUGGGUGCUGAGAAAAAAGGUCUGAAGAUUGCAACCGCAAGCAUAACCGGCACCAAGGUUAAUGUUUCCAUUGGCAGUCGAAUGGAUAUUAAUGGGUCCCUUGGUGCCAUUCAGUUGGUAGACUUGACCCAAGAAGGAGGCCGAAGCCAGUUUGUUGUUAGUAUUGGCAACGUGGAAGACUCCUCAAGUGAUGAAGUUCUAACUUUACUUGCUGACAAAGAACUCUCUCCUUCAGAAGCUUUAAAUUUCCGUCUUCUAGAGAAUUCUCAAGGGGACUGCAAUUUACAUCUGCAUAUGGCAUCUUUGCAUUACAACCACUCAGCCAAGUUCUUGAUGGAGUUGAGUCUUUCUGCUAAUGAGGUAGAGGACAAUUUUCGCUCCAUGUUAAAAAGUGCAGCCACUAAAGUGUCAACAGUUCUCGCCACUAAGACAGCAGAGUACAGUGGUAUGUUUUCACUCUUUGAGACUCCAUCUAGAAGAAGUCGAACACAGAGUUGGUCUUAUCCAUUGGAGGAUGAAGAAGAUAUUCCAAUGGAGGAAACGGAACCCACUUUAGACACAUUCUUUGUGAAGUUGACGCUUAAUAUAAACAUUGAAUCGCCAGUUGUGUCCAUUCCUCGCAAACCUGGGCACCCCGAAUUGCUGGUGGGACACCUAGGUAGUAUAACUAUCCAGAAUUUUAUUACUGGUCAACAUUCUGAAGGGGAGAGACUCCAGGUGCUUGUGAAGGAUAUUCGAUUGUACUCACUAAACAUGAGUCAUUUGGUUUUGAAGAAAAUGCAAAAGGGGGGACAAAAUGGUAGUGUUUCACCGUCCCGUAAUGGAAGCAUCAGUCAUGAAGAACUGCAGUUCACACGUCAUGACUUCUUUGAAUACCUCAGCCAAGGAAAAGCCUUCCAUAUAUUAACAGACACCACCAUUGAGUUCACCCUAGAGAAGGCCACGAUAGAAGAAGACGUAUAUGCUUUACUCACCUCCAAAGAAUCAUGCAAGAGCACAGGGUUGCUCAGAGUCGAAGGAAAAUUUGUCAGACCUGUUCAGGUGUUCCUUUGCAAGUCUGUGUAUGAACAGGUCCUUCAAACACUGGACAAUUUAUUUCUCAUCGAGGAGCAACAUGUAACACCCAGUCAACCACCGACACCCCCACCGCCAACUCCUUCCUCCACCAGACCUCACCGCUUUCCUGACCCCCACGGUGGACUGUUUGCAAAGGAUCCUCCCUACAUCAGCUUAUCACACUCAUUCCUCUCCUCGCCUUUGCCGCUACAGUCUCAAAAGACAACUCCUCACUCCUCUGCAUUUACUCAGCUAAAGGUAACUGUUCAUGUUGCAGAAUUGCAGGUCCAGCUAAGUGCUGACCUUUCCCAGGGCUCCCAAGGCUUAAUCAGUUUGCAUUUCCGUGACUUGGAGGGAGACUUCACCAAAGAGCAUCCGCAUUUAUUGGAAGUACAGCUAAUUCUGCGAUCACUGCUCAUGGAGGAUCUCUUGGAACAGAACCCUGAGCAUAAACAUCUCAUGAUGUCUCGUGGUGCUCCGAAGCCCUCGACAUUCAGUCCAAAAGAAUACCUCUCUCAUAGCUGUCCAUCUGCCUCCAAUGCCCAGUUCCCAGAUAUGCCUCGCUCGCUGCCUUCCCACAUGGAAGAAGCCCAGAAUGUCUUCAAACUCUACCAAAGACACGCUGGCACUCCUUCAGCAAGUCAUCGCAAAUCUAAAAAGGAUCCAGACUGUCCUAGCACCCCACCACCUUCUCCAACUCACCCUAGCUCCUCCCCCCUGCCAACGUCCGAAUUUGAUGAGUCAUUAGUUCACAUCAAUGUGUUGCUAGUGGACCAGAACCACCCAGAGUUUAAAAGCCGUUACGGCGGUGUCGGACGAAGCAUCGAUAUUGACUUUAACUGCCUGGACGUGUUGAUCACGUUGCAGACCUGGGUAGUUAUCCUGGAUUUCUUUGGUAUCGGCUCUACAGCCAAUAACCAUGCAAUGAGGAUGCCUUCUAGUUCUUCUCAAUCUGUGCCAGGACAUCCUCUCUUUGAGUCAGACAUCAUUGAACAGGACCCAAACGAGGUUGUCAACUCCAAACUAGACCUUAAGGUUCAUUCCUUAUCUAUUGUACUGAACAAAGAAGGCAACGACCUUGCGAGAGCCAGUGCAAGCAAAUUAUCUGCCCAUCUGGAAAUGUUAGACAGCAACCUGGUACUGACAGGCAGUUUGGGAAGUUUGUCCCUCAGUGAUCUGACCCCACAUGGUGAUCUCUACAGGGAACGUUUCACUACACGUGGAGGGGAAGCUCUUAUAUUCAAUAUUCACAGAUAUGGUCUUCCAGAUCCUUACCUGGAGCGUGAAUAUGACAUUAAGGUUUCUCUGCUAAUGGCCUCAGUACAGUAUGUCCAUACUCAACGCUUUCAGGCUGAAGUGGUGGCCUUCAUCCAGCACUUCACACAAUUGCAGGACGUGCUUGGCCGGCAAAGAGCUGCGAUGGAGGGCCAAACUAUACGUGACCGUCCUCAUCGCGCAUCCAGGGUUCUGCUUGAUAUUGAAGCUGGGGCUCCAGUCAUUAUCAUCCCAGAAAGCUCAAGUUCAACAAGAGUCAUUGUAGCAAAUCUCGGCCAGCUGAGGCUGCAGAACUGCUUCUUACCGGCUGGUGCUUACGGCACUUUCUCCGCUCGUGACAAGGUAGAGAAAAUGACCAUGGCACAUGCCUUUUUCCCUUCUCUGGAGCCUGCACAAAAUGCAGAGGCGUGGUCUUAUGAGCAAACAUGCCAUCAAACGUCUCCCAGCAACAUCACCUCCUGUUCUAAUGGGAGUGCACAGCCUGACGCAGCUCAGGAGUGGGGUGGUGACCCAAUCGCAUCGGAAGCACAUGUGUGUCUUUUGGAUUGCAUUGCUCUGGACCUGCAGCAAAUGGAUAUUUUUGCUGCAGAGCGUCUGCCUUGCCAAUCGUGUACAGCCGCUGAAAUCUCAGAUGUUAUUUUCCCGUCCUACUGUGUUCGACGGAUGGGAGGAAACCUGCUGAAGGAGUGCUGCCGUCUUCAGCUUAAAGUAGAACGGAACUUAGACAGUGAGCUGAGCCAUGCAGUCCCUGAUAUGACAAUCUACGGCAGUCUUUCAUCAGUUCAGUGCUCUCUAGAUCCAAAACAUUACCAGCUGAUUCGAGGACUGCUGGAGAACAAUCUUGGAGAACCUGUUGAAGAAUUUCUAAGACCCUUCAACCUGCAAGAUCCCAGCACCUAUACGGUGUUGAGUGGAGACGUCUUCACCAACUUGUCAAUUUUAGUGGAUAUGGUGGAUGUCAGCCUGGAGCUCAUAGACAGCAGUAAAAUGCAGAAAUCCUCACUAGCAAGGUUUAACUUCUUGAAAUCCAAGCUCCUCUUUGAGAGUUUCUCCAAUGGAUCCAAAUCAGUCAAUCUGGUAUCUCACUCGCUACUUGCAUAUGACACACGCUGCACUGGCCAAAACGAGAGCACUAGUGGACCUGAUGAGACCAAGCACAAUGUAUUCGACUGUAUUCUCCAGCCUUCAAAAACUGGCACAAACCAAGCUUCUCUGCAACUAGAACUACAUUACAGGUCGACCCGAGACUCGUCUUGUUUCACAGUGGUCCUGAAUAACCUAAGGGUUUUUCUUAUCUUUGACUGGCUUCGGCUCGUGCAAGAGUUCUUGCGGUUGCCAGUGAAAAAGACGUCAGGAGCUGCUGUGAAUGUUCAGUGUGCAUGUAAUGCCGGCACUGACUUGGAAGCAAAUGCUCAUAGCUUAAACACUGGGGCUGUUAUACCAAAGAGGGUCAAGAGUGGCGUGGUCACCAAGAGAUCCACUGUGCCUGUUACACACAGUCGCUCCAUGGAGGUUAAGGUCAAUGUUACAGGCACUGAGUUUGUCAUUGUGGAGGACUCAAGCUGCCUGGAUACCAAUGCCAUCAUUCUUAAAGGCACCACUGUUCUCACAUACAAACCUAGGCUGCUGGACCGACCCUUUUCUGGAAGUCUUGCCGGCAUAGAGGUGUUCUCGUGUCGGCUUGGCAGUGAACAAGAGACGGCGCUGUCCAUCAUUGAUCCAGUCAAUAUUCAGGUGGAGCUGUGUGGCAGCCCGACUUACCAAAGCAGCUCAGGUCUACUCGAUGCCUUUAGUGUGGAAGAUAUUCCACCGUUGCUAGAGAUCCAAUUCCCUGUUCUAGACAUCCGACUAUCCUACAAUGACAUUCAGCUCUUCUUAGCCAUUGCCAAAUCCAUCCCUUCUGUAAAUCCUCCUCCUGCAUCUGACCCUGUGCCUCUUGAUACACCCAAAGACUCUCAAAAGAAGAAAAAACUUGCCGUUAUUGAGGGGCAGCUGAUUCAUUUGCAAGAUCUUGGUUUCAGGAAAGAGGACUGUAAAAAGGCACUUAUCCUUUGUAAAGGUCAUCUGGAUCAGGCUGCAAUGUGGCUGCUGGAGAAUGCAGAGAACAUUGCAGGACGCUCUAAAGAACGUUCCAGAACAGACUCCGGUUCUUCCAGUCAGGCUGCUGCUUUGUCUGGGGUAGAAGUAAAGGCAGAGAGCAUCUGUAUUUGUUUCAUUGAUGACUGUCUGGACUGUGACAUACCCCUUGCUGAGCUCACCUUCUCCAGACUCAAUGUGUUACAGCGUAUUGGUUCUACCCAGGAAGGCAAUGCCAGCUUUAGUCUUUCAGGAGACUACUACAACAGAGAACUAGCAGGCUGGGAGCCAUUUAUUGAGCCCUGGCCGUGCUUCCUGUCCUGGCAGAAGCAAGAAGCGAGCCGAUUACAUCCAGCCCGUCUCAAAAUGAGCGUUAGAGCCAAGCAGCGACUUGAUGUCAACAUUACUUCUGUUCUUUUGGAACAGUACAACACAACCAAGACCUCCUGGAUUGCAGACUACUGUAACAAAGAUGAACAUAGUGGUCAAUCUUCACCCACCUUAUCCUGGAUUGGCUCUUCAGUUGACCCGCCUAGUUUUGGACAGAGCGCUUCCUUGUCUCAUCUGAGAACUCGUAGCACAGCUAGCUUAAACAGCUUCGAUCAGCAAACUGACUCAAAAGGUGUUAAACUUUCCAAGAAAAGGCAACCAUUUGUUCCAUAUGCUCUACGCAACCAUACAGGAUGUACCAUGUGUUUUGCUACUCUGACUACAACACCCACAAGGGUAGCACUUUCACACAGCAGUAGUGCAGACUCAAUUGGAGACAUCCACGGUCCAGGCAAUGAUGAUAGCCACAAUGUCAGUCAGUGGCGAGAAGUCUCUCCAGGGGAGGAGGUUCCGUUUGAGUUUGAGGGACGAGAGAAACUUCGCCAUAGGCACACUCAUGAGCUAAAGCUGCAUCAACUGCUUGUACGAGUGUGUGGAUGGGAGCAGGUCAAGCCUGUGUCUGUGGACAAAGUGGGGAUUUUCUUCCGUUAUGCCACUCCAGACAGAAACAAUGCAUCCAACAUGGUUGGCAGUCCAAUCAGCAGGACUAACAUUAUCCAUCCACAUGUAUACUUCUCUGCGCUGCCUCCAGUAAGAGUGGUCUUCUCCAUUACAAUGGAGGGAAGUGCCAGGAAAGUUAUAACUGUGCGCUCAGCUCUCAUUCUGAAAAAUCGUCUUGAUGUUCCCAUGGAGAUCAGACUUGACAGCCCCUCUGCUCCGGACAAACCAGUGGUAUUGCCUCCCAUUUUGCCCGGCCAGGCCUUGGCAGUUCCACUCCACCUGACGUCAUGGCGACUCCAGGCACGGCCUAAAGGCUUGGGCUUAUUUUUCUGUAAAGUUCCAAUCCACUGGACCAGCGUGGAACGGCCCGGAGAAAGCAGCAGCAGCAGGAGGGACUGCCAAUCAGCAGACUUUGACGACAACAUGAAGCGUAACUUUCGGUUUUGUGUGGUCAUAAAAAAGGAAAACUACCCCGACCAACAACCUGCUAAAAGGGUGUCCAGUACAAAUCAGAUCUAUCGCCAGCCAGGUCACACUAUUUACCUGUUGCCCACCAUGGUGUUGGUCAACUUGCUACCUUGUGAUCUCAAUUACUACGUAAAGGGAUCAGCCAUAAAAGGCUCACUGAAACCUGGAAAAGAAGCUGUGCUUCAUGCCGUGGACACCUCACAGAACAUGGAGCUAGGUGUCUUGGUUGAAAACUUCCCUGUGUGCAAAGAGCUUCUCAUUCCUCCUGGAACUCAGAAUUAUGUAGUGAGAAUGAGGCUGUAUGACACCAGCAAGCGUCUUCUUUGUCUCACCAUUCGCAUCAUCCUGCGGGCGCACGGAGCAUUGAAAAUCCUCAUUUCCGCCCCCUACUGGCUAAUCAACAAGACAGGCUUGCCUUUAAUUUUCAGGCAAGACAAUGGAAAAGUGGAUGCAGCAGGCCAGUUUGAUGAGCAUGAAUUAGCACGAAGCCUCAGUCCAUUGCUUUUCUGCUACACUGACAAAGAACAGCCUGCUAUGUGUACUAUGCGAGUCGGAAAGGGGAUCCAUCCAGAUGGCGUUCCAGGCUGGUGUCAGGGAUUCUCUCUGGAUGGAGGGAGUGGAGUAAGAGCCGUUAAGGUCAUCCAGCAGGGUAACAGGCCUGGACUCAUCUACAACAUUGGUAUCAGCGUGCGCAACGGAAAAGGACGCUACCGAGACACUCACAUUGUGACUUUUGCCCCACGCUACUUGCUGGAUAACAGCUCCUCACACAAACUUGCUUUCGCUCAAAGAGAGUUUGCUCGAGGAAAGGGUACAGCCAACCCGGAGGGUUACAUCUCCACUCUGCCUGGCUCCAGUGUUGUUUUCCACUGGCCCCGAAAUGACUACGACCAACUGUUAUGCGUGCGCCUAAUGGACUCCCCGACGUGCACCUGGUCAGGAGGUUUUGAGGUCAACAAGCCCAAGUCCUUCCACGUCAACAUGAGGGACACCAUGGGGAAUUGCUUCUUCCUCCGGACAGAGAUCACCAUCAAGGGAGCCACCUACCAGAUCUCCUUCACUGACACAGACCAGCUACCCCCACCUUUCCGUAUUCACAACAUCUCGGAAGUCCCUGUCCAAUUCUGGCAGCACGGUGUGGUUGACAUCAAACUCCACACUGAAGUGAAGGCAGACUCUGAACUGGACUACGCCUGUGAUGAGCAAACACUGCCUCCAUACUUGACUCUGACUGUAAAGGGAGCCGGCUCAUCAGAGGUCACAGCCGACAUGAACUUCUUCAGAGAAUACAACAAGCUCUACUAUGAGAACUUCAUCUACAUCGCUGCCACGCACACCUUUUCACAGAGUGGUGGCAGGAGGCCUGUUGGCAAGAAACACCCGGUAACCUGUGCAGAAUUGGUUCUUGAUGUGGACACAAAGACACAGAGGGUCAUUUUGAAAAAGAAGGAGCCUGGGAAGCGUUCCCAGCUGUGGAGGAUGACGGGAACCGGUAUGCUGUGCCAUGAAGGCUCCUCGCCACCUCAAAGCAAGCCUGCCCAACCACGUCCAAUGGACUCCUCUUUGGUUUUAGACAUUGCAGGACUUGCUGCUGUUAGUGACAACAGUUUUGAACCAUUGAUGUUAAGGAGACCAGACCCCCGUCGCAGCACCACCCAAACAUGGCACUUCAGUUCAUGCAUGCUCACCUGUGGCCUUCCCCGGCUUGUAGUACAGGUAAGAGGUGGUAUUGAAGGCCUUUACGAUGGAGCUGAGGUGGUGUUAGGACCAGACUCUGGUCUUCUUGACCCCGGCCCUGAACAGCAGUUUAUCAACCAGAAGAUGAGGCCGGGUUCUGGUGUGUUGUCUGUUCAAGUACUGCCGGACGGACCCACACGUGUUCUCCAGAUCAGUGACUUCAACCAAAGGAGAACCAUCCACAAGUCACCAAGUGCAGAGCCAGACAUGAGCAAAGAGGACUUGAAAAAGAAAGAUCCUCAACAGGAGCUGGAGGUGUUAGUGAACUUGGAGGAAGGCAUCGGCGUGUCACUGGUCAACAAGGCUCCCGAGGAGCUUGUGUUUGCCACACUAUCGGGUAUCGAUGUCCACUUCACACGCACGGCGGCAAAUGAGGUGUUGGAACUGAGCAUUAACAACAUUCAGGUGGAUAAUCAGCUUCUAGGCACCACUCAGCCAGUGAUGCUGUGUGUGACUCCAAGUUCAGGUGACAGCACCGUGAGCGAUAGUGGUCCAGCAUUGCAGGUGAACUCGGUCAAAGUUCCCAGCAGCCUUAUGCUCACUGAUAUCUUCAAGCACCUGAUGGUAACAGCUGGGCGCUUCACAGUCAUCAUCGAAGAGAAGUUGUUGCUCAAGCUGCUUAGCUUUUUUGGUUAUGGGCAGACAGAAGCAGAACUAGAGAAGUUGGAUGAAAACCUGCACGAGAGGCCCAAUCAGGAUGCAGGACCUCCAAAACGCUACUACUUUGAGAACCUGAAAAUCAGCCUGCCUCAGAUCAAGCUUAGUGUCCUGACCUCACAUAAACUGCCUGCUGAUCUGAAGGCUUUAAAAGGUACUUUGGGAUUUCCUCUGGUACGCUUUGAGGACGCAGUCGUCAACAUGUACCCGUUUACCCGUGUGCACCCUUAUGAGACUCAGGAGAUUAUAAUCAAUGACAUCUUCAAGCACUUCAGAGAGGAGCUGAUUAGCCAGGCAGCUCAAAUCCUUGGCUCUGUGGACUUCCUUGGAAAUCCAAUCGGACUCCUCAAUGAUGUGUCUGAGGGUGUAUCAGAGCUCAUCAAGUACGGCAACGUAGGCGGACUCAUUCGAAAUGUGACACACGGUGUGUCCAAUUCGGCUGCCAAAUUUGCAGGAACUUUAUCUGAUGGGCUUGGCAAAACCAUGGACAAUCGGCACCAGACGGAGAGAGAGUACAUCAGAUACCACGGAGCAACCAGUGGCGAGCACCUGGUUGCAGGCAUCCAUGGACUUGCUCAUGGUAUCAUCGGUGGCAUGACGAGUAUCAUAACUUCAACCGUGGAGGGUGUCAAGACAGAAGGUGGAGUCAGUGGCUUUUUCUCUGGCCUGGGCAAAGGUCUUGUCGGCACUGUGACCAAACCAGUGGCUGGAGCUUUGGACUUUGCUUCAGAAACGGCGCAGACGGUGCGGGACAUGGCGAGUCUUAGUAACCACAGGCUAAGUGUGCUGCGUGUCAGGAAGCCUCGCUGCUGCAAAGGCCCUCAGGGUCUUCUACCUCGGUACUCAGCCGUGCAAGCCGAUGGCCAGGAGCAGCUUUUCCAUCUUACAGACAACAUUCAGUCUGAGUUCUUCAUCGCAGUAGAGCCUAUCGACAGCUACAGUGUGCUCAUCUCCUCCAAAGUGGUCUACUUCCUCAAGCCUGGAGAUCACGUGGACCGAGAGGCCAUUUUCCUGGAGAUCAAGUAUGACGACCUCUACCACAGUCUAGUGUCGAAGGAUCACGGGAAGGUGUAUGUGCAGCUCACUAAAAAGGCUGAAAGUACUAGUAGCGGUGUUGCCAUCCCUGGACCGUCCCAUCAGAAGCCCAUGGUCCAUGUGAAGAGUGAAACUCUGGCUCUCAAAAUCUCCCAAGAGAUAAACUAUGCUAAGAGUCUAUACUACGAACAACAGCUCAUGCUGCCUGCCAGUAACAACGAGGACUGCUUAUUGCUUGAAUCAUGAUCAAAUACGGGUGAAUUAUGUCAAUGAAAUGGAGCGGUGUUCAAAAAUAACAGAAGGAUAAUGUUUAAUCCAUCACAGAAAAAAGGGCAUGUUUAUACAACCAUGAGUUUUUUUCAGUCACAUGCCCUAAUAUCAGACAGAGCACAUUAGAGUUUUAAUUUCAACUAAUUUUCAACUAUGUAUGUAUUUGUUACUCUGUGUUUAUAGCACCAGAUGUAAAUAUCCUGCAGGUCUUCCACGAUGUUUGUGAAUAGGUAUAAGUGUAAAUUCAAGAUUAUGGAAAGAGAUGUGAAAUAUAACAAGCUUUGGACUGGUUUUCCUUGUGUUUUGUAUAGAAUAUUUUGUGUGAGGGAAUAUAAGUAAUUGCACUGACACAUUUGAGAUUGUGACAUGCUUCACACUGUUCACUUUGGAGCUGCCUUCCCUUGUUUCUGAGAUGUACAACUAUAAACUGCCACUUUUGACAUUUCAGUAGCAUCACUGUUUGUUCCUCUGCUGUGCAAUCAUGACUUCCCUUGUAGGCAAGUGUCUGAUUUGCAGCAGAGUUUUUGAAAAGUCAUUGACGCGUCGGGACUUUGUUUUGGUUUGGUUCCUGAGUUAAGGAUGAAUGAUUUAUUAUUGUGACAAAAGGAAGUUUUGUAAAUUGCUUUCACAUGGAUAAAUGAAAAUAAAGGCCCCUGGUUUAACACUGUUGUAUUUUAUUACUGUUCUGUAGAUGGGUUGUUAUAGUAAAUAAUUUAAAAAAUCAAAAUUUCAAUCGCAAUUGUAGGAAGUAAUAUUAUCUUAAUACUAUUUAAUAAGUGGAUGUUUCAGGUACGGUGUGGCUAUUUUAAUAUCGUAGUUCGAAAACAUCUUUAGGUCCAGCUCUGUUAUCAGCUGUUUCGCAUUUAACUGACCAAACAAUGCUAAUUGGCUAGCAGAUAGCUAAAGUCUUUCAAAAGUGUAUAAUGUUGAUGGGUUUAAAGAAGUUUAUUGCAAUCCAGUUGAGGCAAACUGUAACAUUUAACACACAAAAUGACACAUUCUGCAUUGAAAUACAAAAUACAUCCGUUUUUCAAACACCCACUAGCUUAAUGCUAAUACACAACAUAAGAUGCCAUUCACAAGCUAAUUGGCUCAAUUUGCCUUAUUUCACACUCCCAAAAAAAUCAUGUAGAUAAAAUGUUUAACUAAAAAAUUAAAAGUAAAAAAACAAUAGAAUAACCUAUUUCAAAAAAAAAUUGAAACUAAUCAUAACCGUAUGAUAUUAAAAAUAGAAUUGUGUUCUUUUUUCGGCCCAGAUCUCC